GGCAGAGCAUAGUAAUAAUUCAUCGAUACUGACUUGUAUUUGUGCACUUCGUCAUUGUACUUACUGAUAUUUCUUUCGUUUUGACGGAUCUAAAUGUCAGUCUUCCAUCAAUUGGAGUCAAUGUCAGCAUGUCUGAACUCAGGCUUGAAGAUGAAGCUAUGGUUAUCAGUACAACCAUUGAACGUGCAAUUGUUGCUGAACAGAAUCAAUCUGAAGAAGCUGUCGACAUGGCUACUGGAGGUUUACCAUCCCAGCACUCACUUGUUCUUUCAUUACCCAUAGUGCCAGAACAAGACUUGAGAGUUUCCCUCUCUGCUUCACCUUCUCCGCCGACUCAAGUGACUGGUCCAGUGUUAACUCCAGAAGGUGGGAACAGAGUAAUGAAUGAAGAUGAUCCUGCAACUAUCGGUAUUCAAAAAUCUACUCCUGUCGAUGAAUCUGAAACUGUUGAUGCUUCUACUCUUGGAUCUAAUCCUGUUGAGAUGAUUGAUCCUGCCCCUAAUCCUCUAGUUGAUCUGAUACCGACAUUGCCUCUUGAUCAACCACCAGCAACCUUCUGGAUGCCACAAUCAACACAUCAGAUCGAUGUUGAAGCUGUGUUAGAUCCGCCAAUGAUCCACACAGAGGAUAUCAGCAUCUUCAGGACUAAGCUUGAGAGGGUUAAAACAAUUUUACACUCCGAAGAUGCAAGCUCUGUUAGUACUUCAUCGGAGUCUGGAUCGACGUCUAUUAUCACUGACGAGAUAGUAAAGGCCAAGUGGUACGAAUUUCUCGAACUCUCGAGGGGUGGCCAUCUAUCAAUUGUCACUGACCCGUCAGUUGAUGAGAAGGUUAAAACUCUGUUGAGCGAGCUGUGUGGCAGUAAUAUUUGCUUCACUGGGUCUCCUAGGUUUAGAAAACGCUGUGAAGAAUUCUUGGCUCAAUUUCUCAGUGGGGUUGAUACUUAUAAGCAGAAUUGCGAGAAAAUAGCCACAUUGGCAUUAUGGGAGAAGAGACGUAGGCUUUCGCAUGAGUCUGUUGAGAGUGUUGAGAAAACAGUAGAAAACCAAACUGCACAAGAAUCUGUUAAAGCUGCUGAAUCACUGGUAAAGGAAACAGAUGAUAGUAAUGCUCCUGCUCAGACACAGGAAAGCAGAUCUCCACCAGCAGCAAAUACGGUUGAUGACAGAGAGGAAUUUGAGGAAAUUCCAGAAACAGCUACUAUGGAUGCUGAUAUUCAGGGGGAGCUUCAGAAAGAUAAAGGAGUCCAAAUUGAACGGCCAAACUUUGAACAAUUCCAAGGUCAGACCUCCCAUGACGAAACCAUUCUUUCUGUGUUGCUUGAAAUUAAAGAACAACAAUCUGCAUUGAGAGAAGACAUGCAGAACUCGAAGACAAUUGUUGAAGAAAUGAUUCAGAAUGUCAAGCUUCAAGUAGAACAGAAUAUGGCAACAAUUGAGAAAGCAAUUGGUCAAUGCAUGUCUAAGUUUGAGGAUGCUGUUCAGAAUUUGGAGUACUUUCAACUUGUUCGGGUCCCUUUUAAGCCAUAG